AUGUCAGAGAGUAAUAGCAGCAGCAAAGUGGUGAAAUUCCUCACCCCUGCUCCACCUCAUCAUUCGCCCUCAUCCUCUUCAUCCCCACAGUCCCCCCACAAGAAUGUGAAUGGUUCUGCCAGUUCAGACUCUCACCUGGCAGACAUGCUUGGUGGCCAGCCGGACGUCCGGCGCAGGCGCCACACAUUGGACAGAGACUCCAAAACAGCUGAGCACCGUUUUUUCCGGCGCAGUGUCAUCUGCGAUUCCAAUGCCACGGCUUUGGACCUACCCAGCAAGGCAACCGUGAUACUCACCUCACCUCCGGAUUGCCAAGGGCCUCCCAUCCCCUUCCCAUCCCAGCCCUUGGGGCCGAGACCUGGGGCAGAGGGCACAGAAUAUGUAGGACCACUUGGCUCUCCCUCUUUACAAAGCACCAGUCUUGAACCGUGUCAUGGUGGUGUUGUCACAAAGGGGCAUCUAGGAGGCACUGGUGAAAGUAUGGGUGUUGGUGGUAUUGCAAUUACUACCACAGCUGCUAGUGGCUCUGGCCUUACUACAGAUGGAGCAGUGAAAGAGCUAUGCCCGACAGUAUUGGAUGUUACUGACAAGACCGCAGGCCCACAGCUUGAUGUUAUAUCACCCCCUGGGGGUCAGGAGGACAGACGGCAGGUGGCAAAAGAUGGGAAGGUGGUAGAAUCCACAGAGGAAUGUAGCAGCAGUAGUAGCGCUAUGGAAGAGAAGGAGAGGGAGUUGGAGGAGGAGAGGGAGCUGGCAAAGGCACGGGCGGAGCAGAGAGAAGCAGAGAAACGGGUACAGGAGGACAUAGAGGAGGUGGAGACAAAAGCAGUAGGGACCUCACCGGAUGGGCGCUUCCUAAAGUUUGACAUUGAGAUUGGCCGUGGCUCCUUCAAGACGGUGUACAAGGGACUGGACACUGAGACCACCGUGGAGGUAGCUUGGUGUGAACUACAGGACCGUAAGCUGUCCAGGUCGGAGCGCCAGAGGUUUAAAGAGGAGGCUGGGAUGUUAAAGGGGCUCCAGCAUCCCAACAUAGUGCGCUUUUACGACUCCUGGGAGGGUCCGUCCAAAGGAAAGAAAUGCAUCGUCCUGGUCACCGAGCUGAUGACGUCUGGCACGCUUAAAACCUACCUAAAGCGCUUCAAGGUGAUGAAAAUCAAGGUGCUGCGUUCAUGGUGCAGACAGAUCCUCAAAGGCCUUCACUUCCUGCACACCAGAGCUCCGCCCAUUAUCCACAGAGACCUGAAAUGCGACAACAUCUUCAUCACGGGGCCAACGGGGUCGGUGAAGAUAGGAGACUUAGGGUUAGCCACGCUGAAGAGAGCCUCCUUCGCCAAGAGUGUCAUAGGCACCCCGGAGUUCAUGGCCCCGGAGAUGUAUGAGGAGAAAUAUGAUGAAUCUGUAGACGUCUACGCCUUCGGCAUGUGCAUGUUGGAGAUGGCAACGUCAGAAUAUCCCUAUUCUGAGUGUCAGAACGCUGCCCAGAUAUACAGACGGGUUACCAGUGGAGUGAAGCCUGGCAGUUUUGACAAAGUAGCCAUUCCUGAAGUGAAGGAGAUUAUAGAGGGCUGCAUAAGACAGAACAAGGACGAGAGGUAUGCUAUAAAGGUCCUGCUGAACCAUGCCUUCUUCCAGGAGGAGACAGGGGUCAGGGUGGAGCUGGCUGAGGAGGAUGAUGGGGAGAUGAUCGCCAUCAAACUCUGGCUCAGGAUAGAGGAUGUCAAGAAGCUGAAAGGUAAAUACAAGGACAACGAAGCCAUCGAGUUCUCCUUCGACCUGAACAAGGACGUUCCCGAAGAUGUGGCUCAGGAAAUGGUUGAGUCUGGCUAUGUUGCCGAGGGCGACCAUAAGACCAUGGCCAAGGCCAUCAAAGACCGUGUGUCUCUGAUCCGGCGAAAGAGAGAGCAAAGACAGUUGGUACGAGAAGAACAGGAGAAGAGACGACUGGAGCUGGAAAAACAACAAGAGACACUUAAACCUUCACAGACACAGGCAGAGGUAGAGGAAGCUGAAGUAGACCAGCAACACCAGCAGCAGCAGCAGCUUCAUUAUCAACAAACCAACCUCUCACUCACUUCUGAGGGGGGUGUGGACAGUGGUCAGGGUUCCUCUAUUUUCUCCUCUGAGACCCCCCACUUGGGUCAGCUCACCAUGUCGUACAGCUGUCCCCCCUCCACCCAGCCCCCUCCCCAGCCCCAGCCCCCCUACCCUUCCACCCCCACAGCAACCCCACAGCAACAUCCAGCCUACCCCCAGCCACCGCAGCCAAUGCCCGCCAGCCGCCACCGUCGAAGUCGUAGCAUGUCAGUUUGUGUCCCCUCCUCCUCUCAUUCCUUCCCCCAUGCUUCUCCGCUCCUGACUGCCCCUCCAAAGCCCCCCUCCACCCCUCCUCCAGACUUCCGCACCUUCUCAUCCUCCUCUUACACCACCACCUCUGCCGGCGUUCCCCUCACGGCUGAGAGGGACACAUUCGCCGGGCGCCUCUUCAGGGCUCUGGAGACUGUCCUGCCCCUCCACUCGGCCUCCUCUGUGCCCAGGGCCAACCAGCGCAGGGCCAGUCUACCUGCCCUCUUCUCCACCCCCCAGCCAUCAAUGCCGCACCCCUAUAGUGGAGGAACAAGUGCAGGAGGAGGAGGAGGGGGCCACCCUCUCCCAACCCCCUCUGACCCUUCUACUCUUUUAUUCCCCUCCAUCCCUGAGCGCUCCAUCUCCUUCUCCCCUCCACCCACUGGGCCUCCAAAGGCCUACAACACACAACGACGCAAGAGCACCUCCAUCCUCGAGGCCCACACCCGGCACUUUCAGCCUGCUUACCCCCGAUAUGGCAGCAGCCUGCAUCCUUUUGCUGGGCUUGAGGGCAUCGAAACCCCUCCUCUCUACAUGAUGAGCCCUAAUUUUGCAGCAGCUGCCCAAAGACUCGGUGUUGGGGAACCUCUGCACCUCCCAGGACAGUCGGACCCAAGUAUGUAUAGCUAUAAAGAUAUGAGGGCAGAGCAAGAGGAGGUAGUUAGGAGACUAAGUCUAAACCAAGCUGCCCUGUUGGACCAUUAUGAAGCUAUGGCAUACGGAGGGUACCCAAUGACUGCACACCAGCUUAGUCAUUUGAGUUUCCACCAGCAGAUGCAGGCAGCAGCAGCUGCUGCUAGUUUGGGCUAUGAUCCUGGCCCUCCUCCUCAACCAGGAUACUUUCACCCUCACAUGAUGCAAAGAAUCAGUGCGCACAGCCCCAUCCCUCAGCCACUGCCUCCCAUGAGCACGUCUGCUGGUGCUACUAUGUCUUCAACAUCAGAUGGGUGCUUCCCCCCUCCUCAACAUCCCUCCCCUUCCUCCUUCCCUCUCUCUGCUCCUCCAGUGAUGGCUGAGGCCCCGCCUCCUCCCGGAAGCGUUUUUGAAUUCCACUUUGCCGCAGCUGCAGCUGCUGCAGCAGCUGCUGGUGAUCAGAGUCUCCUGGCUUCCAGACUGUACCGAGCCCGCCGGAGUUCUAUGGACCUCCAACUAGAGGAGAGCACUGGGUCCGGUUCAGGAGGCUCUGGUUCCUACAGCCGGCUUCAGCCGGUAACAGAGGAGCUAUACACCUAUGUCAGCCCUGAGCUCCCUCUACCUCCAGGAAGCCUUCUCCUUCACCAUGGAGGAGGAACUACGAGGGACAAAAGCCCAGAACCAUCCAGUGACUCACUGGCCUCCUCUGACACAGGGGAAUUCCAGUCACCUCCUCCUCCUCCUCUUCUCCCAUCUCUCGACUCCUCCUCAGCUGCUCAAUCCAUCCCUCACUCAUCAGCCAGUCUCUAUGAUUCAGCAGGGGGUGUACUUCCAGCAGACCCCCAGGGACAUCCACCAUCCCAGCAAAGUUUUCUCCUUCUCACCCCAUCCACUGAGCUCCCUCCUGGGGGAGCUUCAUCGACACAACUGGGGUCACUGAUUCACAGCGCCUGGACCCGGCAUGGAGGCGUGGUACCGGCCCAACCUGAUAUGACGUACCAUGAGUCAUUGCUGGCCAUGCAGGCUACUAACUCCACUCUGCAAAUGCAGUCCCCAGCCUCCCAGCCCUCCUCAGGACCACCCCUGGCCCCUCCUGCAUCCCAGCCAGCUACCCCUGGGACCUCCCAGCAGGUUGCUCCAUCCAGUCAGCCCAGUAGUACUUCAGUUCAAAGUCCUUCUCACACAUCACUACCACCAGGCUCUGCACAUCCUAGUGUAACUCCUCCCAACUCUACUGUCACCUUGGCGACCUUUCUUCCUCCAUCACCUUCCCUUCCUGUUGCCAUGCCAAUGGGGGGUGUGGCCUCACCCACAGCCCCCUCCUCUCUGCCACUUUCUGUGGGGGCCCCAGGGCCUGCUAUUUGUUCCCCUCUUCUUCCUGUGUCUGCCCCUGUGCCUCAACCAUUGGCCAAUGUGGUGCCAGUCAUCAGUGUAGCCACCGCCCCUCCUGAUCCAGCCAUGGAAGCCCCUCCCCAGCCUGCCUCUCAGCCUCCAGAGUUGUCUCAGACUUCAUUGCUGCUUCCUCAAGUCAUCUCAUCUAUUGAGAGCGGCCACUCUGAGACAUCAGGUCUGAGUGACGGGAAUGAGGGAGGAGGGGGGCGUCACGAAGGACGCUCAACCAAGCGGCACCAGCGGCGUUCCGUGCGAAGCCGAUCACGCCACGAGAAGAUUGCCAAGGCCAAGCUUAACGUCCUCAAUAUCUCCAAUCUGGGCGAUAGGGUAGCGGAGUGUCAGCUGGAGACUCACAACAGGAAGAUGGUGACAUUCAGGUUUGACCUGGAUGGCGACAACCCCGAGGAGAUUGCUCAUAUCAUGGUCCAGAGUGAGUUUAUCCUGGAGAGUGAGAGGGAGUCAUUCAUCGAGCAGGUCAGAGAGGUGAUAGAGAAUGCUGAUGAGAAGGGCCUGGAGAGAGACACAAACAACCAGAUGGCAGGUGUCUUGGAGCAACAGAUUCCAACUAUAUCCACCCCGAUGCCAGACAUCCCCUCAAGUGCCACAGCACAGGUGGUCCAUUCAGCAGGUCGUAAGUUCAUUGUCAGCCCAGUACCUGAAGCCAGACUGAAGGACCAAUUCUUUACCUCCUUUCCUCCUACUGUCUCCACAUCUAUGCUUGAUACAGCUGCUUCAGACUCGGCUCCAGUCCAAACUUCAGUCAAGGGUUUGGGUUUGUCUCAGUCUGCUGGUGCAAUCAGCUUACAGCAAGCCUUCUCAGAGCUCCAUCAGAACCAGUACGACCCAGGACCCAGCACUGCCCCAGCCUCCAUCCACUCCACCCUGCCUCCUCUCCAGCCUCUGAUGACCUCUGUCUCUGCUCAGUCCAGUGGUGCUCCUCCUACGGUGGAUACCCAGACACAAGAGAAAGCCCUGGAUGGCUCUCUACCUGCUCCUUCCUCCGCCUCCUCCACUAGCACCUCCUCUAUUCCCUCUGUCUGUCUCACCCCACCUGGGUCCUCCUCUUCUCCUCCUCCCACUGUGAACCAGUCGGUCCUGCCAGCACAGGGACCGACACUGCAAGCCAUUCAGGCUGCAUCCCAUCCCCAGGGACAUGCACAGGUCCAUCCUCAGGCUUUGAGUCUGGCCCAAGGUGCCCCGUCACAGUCCCAAGCAACAGCAUCUACUAUCAGCACAGCAUCAAUACCUUCAAUCUCACCACCUUCUAGCUACUCUACCAUCCCACCCACCUCCAUAGCAUCCCCCUCCCCCAUACCCACACUCCCCCCUGUAUCCACUGCUCCUUCAUCCUCAUCCACCCCUCUCGUGGGUGAUGGCGCCUCUGACCGUCCCUCCAUCUCUCCUUGUUCAUCUGGUCCUCUUUCUCUUUCUGGCUCAAGCGUCCCCACCACAGCCAUCCCAGGUCCCCACCUUACCUCUUCCAUCUCCUCCCAGCCCUCUCUUUCCUCCUCUUUGCCCUCCUCAUCUUCCAUGGUGGGGAUCCAGACAGUGACCACUAGUACUCCAGUAGCCCAGCCAACACUGGUCCACUCCCAGCCACAGACAGCAGCUCUGCCUGGGCAGCCCCACGCCCACUGUGGGGAAUGUGAUGCCAGGUGUGAGGCAUCUGUUGAGUCCCAGGGCAAAGCAGACGACAUCCAAACCCUGGAUAAGAAGCUGCGUUCUCUGUUCAUGGACCUCGGUGGAGGGGUACCCUCAACCCAGGGAGACCUUUCGGCCACUGACCCAGCCACGGGAGCCCCCGUGGCAGGUACCUCAUCUUCAAUGGGACACUCCACUACCUCCACCACACCCGUCACGACACCCAGCUCCAGUCAAGCAGCCAACCCUCCUCUGCCCCCAUCCAGCCUUGUGUUGGGUUCACUUGGAACAGCUCCCCCCACCCAGGGCCCUGGAACACCAAGCUCCACCCCUGCACAGGCUGGCAUCCCUGCCUCACCUUACAGCCAGACCACUCCAUCCAAAACCCCUCUAUCCAGAGUACCGGCCAGUACUCCUCCUUCAGAACUCCUGCCAUCCUUCCCUGGACCCUGUCUAAUACAGUCUCAGCAGCCUCUAGAGGACUUGGAUGCCCAGCUGAGGAGGGCCCUUAGCCCAGAGACUGUCCCCGCCUCUCUCACCGGCAUGCCCUCAGGAGGACAACCAAUUUCCUUCUCUCUGGAGGAGGAGUCGGUGACCUCUCAGCACCCUCCAGGUGGAAUCAAGUUGGGGAGAUUCCAGGUUUCUUUGGCUACGGACGAAACUCCAAUCCCUUGUCCUGUCUGCAUGGAAUCCUCCUCUUCUACUACCACCACCACCUCUUCCUCUUCUUCCACUUCCUCAUCCUCCACUCUCUCCAGCCCUGAGAACACACUGCACAAGGCCUCCUCAUCUCCUCUGAGAGGAGGAGGAGGAAAGGGAGGUGGAGAUGUGGUGGAUGGACUACUCUCUCCCGUCCCCCAACGGAUGCUGGAGGAGUCCCGCCAUUCCUCCCCAUGUCCUUCCCCUUGCCCCUCUCCACAGCCCACCGCCACCAUCGGACGUUUCCAGGUUACCACCAAGACUGAGGCCCAGGUGGGGCGGUUCUUGGUCAGUUGUGCCCAGGAGCAGAGCUCUGAGGCCGGGCAAGAUCCACUAUCUGUUGCCCAUGCUGCCAAUGGCCCAAGUGGGCCUCAGCAGAUCCUGAGUCCGGAUUCCACCCAUAAAUCCUCUCUGCCAAGUCUAAACAACAACUCCUUCAACAACUCCUAUGUCAGCAGCGACAACGACUCAGAGUUUGAGGAUGAGGACUUUAAACGGGAGGUCAACCGCCUGAGAGAAAAGCACAUGCGUGAGAUCCAGGCCCUCCACUGCCGUCAGAAGGAGGAAAUUGACAAUCUCUUCACAAGGCUGGGAAAGGUUCCUCCAGCUGCAGUGCUUCCUCCAGUAGUGGCUUUGGCCGGCAGGAGGCGACGGCCCACCAAGAGCAAAUCAUCCAAGUCCUCCAGGACCAGCUCCACACAUGGCAGCAAGAGUCCACUACAGCCAGGCAGCACUUUGUCCGCCCAGAGCGUUCCCACCAUCUACCCAGGCCAGCUAGCUCUGUUAGCCCCAGCAGGGUUAGCCGAUUCUGGGAGCAGCUCCCUUCUCCAGCCCCUGAAACCUUCUCCCUCCAGCGACAACCUGUGUUCGGCCUACACCAGUGAGGCAGCGCUCUCUGUGCCCAGCCUAUGUGCGCCCACCCCAGGCUGUGUAAAGUUCAGCUGGGGGUCGGAGCGUUUGGCCUUCAAGCCUGGCGGCAGGAGGACGCGCUUUCUGAGUACGCCCUGCUUGGCUCUUUGGAAGAUGGUGAAAAAAGUCUGCCCCUGCAACCAGCUCUGUAGGACCAAUAGUACCAAUGCCGUGAGCGGUCCGGGUGGUUUGGGUCAGAACCAGGGAGGGUCCCAGUCUCUGCCCCCCAGCAUUUCAGCCCCCCACCAGAGGAAAGGAACGUUCACUGACGACCUCCACAAACUGGUGGACAACUGGGCAAGAGACGCCAUGAACCUCUCACAGGGUAAGAGGAGUGCCAAACAGCUGCAUCAGGCCCCAGCACAGGGACACAGCUAUGAGGUGAUCCAGUCAGCCAACCUGGGCAGAAAGUAUUCAGCUCCCAGCCAGCUGUGUCCCAGCAGCAUUGGGGGCUCUGCCCAUAUCCCUACCAACCCCAACUCCGCUACCUCUCUGGCCGUCCGCAAAGGCUCUUUGUGCCACCCUCCUACAUCCUCUACAUCCACCCAGCCCCCUCCUCCCCAGUUUAUCCCUUACCCCCCAACAGCGGCUUAUAGUGCACAGUGGUCCGGGCCGGUGCAUGGCCCGGCAGCUCCCCAUCAGGCCUCGACGCAGCCCGGGCCUCUUCUAGUCAGCACCUCCCAGCCUCUGGGCCCCUAUGCCCCCACAGUGGCCGGUGGGCAAAGCCAGAUUCCGGGGCAAGGGCCGCUACAGGCCUUCCAUCUGGCUAGCUCUCUGGAGAAGUCAGUGAGCAACCCAGGAGGGCCCAACCUGAGGACCACAUAGGGCCGGGCACAAGGGCUGGUGUGGAUAGUAGCCAGACUGGACAGGAACAGGCUUGGAGAAUUUUAAAGUGUUAGUGUGUGGAGAGGAGAGGAUGGCUAUGGGAAUGUUGAAUGGUAGAAGUUGACCUGCUUAUGUCUGAAAAGAGCUUCAAUGGAAACGAAGAGCAAAGGAAAAUAUGAGUGGCCAUCUCCGCAGUGUGGAUGCACCCCACCUCUGCUUCUAUCCUUUACCACACACUCACGUGUUUGCAUUCACUUCCUCUCCCUAUUGCUGGAUUUGACUAUGAGCUUAUCGCAGCCAGCCAACGCUUAAGGAUAAAGGCAAAGACUUAUGGGUGGAAUUUUAUGAGGCCAAAGAGGUUUUGACAGGGUGUAGGAUUGUUCUUAAUGACUUUCUGCAUUUGAGGCUGUGGCUUGUUUUAACUUGUGCCGUCUUGUGCCCUGAAUUGAAUAAAACAAAGUUCUUUUUAGGUGGGAUGUAUGAUUCCAUCUCUACAUAGUGGUUUUGUGGGCUGUAAUGUCAAGUUGAAGUAAGACAAUAAUGGCCAGCUUUCAAAAACAUCUUCUAGUCCCUGUGUCUCACAGGUAACGUUUCUCUCAGCUAGCAGAUUCUCGCAGGAAGUGAUGGUUGAGGUCAUUGCUGUUGCUACGUUGCCACAUUGAUAGCCAGCCAAAGCAUGUUAGUGCUCUUCCAGAAUUAGUUAAAAUAUUAAUACUGUUUAGCUGUCAGUGCUGUGAGAAAUGGGCAACAGCACAUCUUUACAAGAAAUCCACUCGAGUUAAGGAAAUUAAUGGAUAAAAAAGAAUCUGCUGUAAAGAGAAGUCUCUGGUGGAUGUGCAGCCUUAAAUCUUACCAAGUGGAGCCUAGGCGGCCAUUGUGAUAUGGUUUUCAAACCUGAACCACUUCAACUUGACCUGUUAAAUAUUGCGCGCACACACACACACACACACACACCAGUGUUUGAGGGGCUUUAGCACCCUGAAAUUGAAGAAAACGGGGGCAAUAUUUGUCCUAGCGCUCACUUCCACGUAGAACAUUUUGCAUCCCCCAAUGCUACUAACACUGAAUGCUUUCUACAAGGGUUGCAAAAUGGGCGGCAUCUAAUAUCUUUCAAGUGAGAGCAGAAGACAGGCGAUGUUUGUAACACUUUCUGUCAGUUCACUUUCAGUUCUGCAAAAUGAGAAUAUGGCUGUUCUUCAGCAUUCAAAAUGUGGAAAUCUUUCACCCAAAAAUAAUUGUAAAGCAACUUCCCAACAUGAAGAUCAAUGUGAAUGAAGGCUCUGUAAUUAUUGGGCAGAUUACAGUUUGAAAUUAUGUGUUGAAUAUACAUUUGAAUUUCAAUGAAGCAAAGUUUGCAGUUACACCUUGCCUGAACCGAUAUUGAACUGUCCCUGGUGUUGAAAAGUGAAACAUCCCCUUUCGAAAAAAUGUGACAACUGCUCCCCACAUUCAGUUGCACCCAACUCUGACAGAUCCCCCAUGUGGAUGGAGGGGGGGGGGCAGAGAGAUGAAGGAAGGAAGGACAGAUGGGGAGUGGGAGUUGGCAAGAAUGAGUGUUUUCUGUGUUUGCACGGGGGAUAACACCGUAUCCUGUUAUUCUGAGCGAUGCUUCUUAUGAAGGAACAUACUAGUGUGCAUUCACCCCUUGGUAGCAUGCAGCAGAAGUAUGGCAGGUUCCUCCAAAUACCGAACCCUUCUGUGCCACACCUGCUCCAUCCUUUAACCCCUCGCUCUCCGUCCCUCCUCCUAUUCCUCUCCGUCCCCCAGCCCCCCUUGUCACCAUGUGAUGCAAUAACGGCAGAAAACCUUUUAGAAACAGCCCCAAACGUUACAGCUUGAGAACUCACCGUGAAUAAGUGGCCUUGUUACCAGGAUAAUAUCGCAGUCCCUGUACAGUGUCUCUGUUGUUUUUGUUACAAUGUUGACUAUGAUGAUUCCAUUUGUUUCAUUUGUUCUGUCAGGUUCGUUUGGAUUGCUACACCCAGGUUUGCUCUCUGACACACACACAUACACACACACGCACACACACAUGCACACACAAGCAAACUCGGUGCUUGUGGCCUCAUUAACACAUGCACACAUACUUCCAUGGUUGUGCACAAGCGCACACACACACAUACUUGCAUACAAAAGCCCUCAUGUUCAUCCUCUGUUCUGGCAGACAUACACACUCAUACAAAGAUUUUGUGCCUGUUCAUUCAUGCACAACGUUCAUUUACAUGGUACACACACAUAGACUGUAUUGGUACACACCACACCACACACACCCACAGAGACACACUCAGUUUAAGAAGGUGUAGCAGCCGUUUACCUGAAUAGAUUUACAGACUAAUGCCUCAGCUCUUUAAUCCUAGCCUCAGCAUUAGGGUGGUUUCAACGGCCGGGUUGAAACGGUUGUAAUGUACAUUGUUAUCAUUGUUAUUGUUGUUUAUGAAUGUGGUUCUAUUUAAAAAGACAGGAAAAAAAAACUAAAAGGUGUUCCGUUGAUGGACCUGUAAUACACACACAUCGCUGCCCGAUGUGGAAACACUGUGAUUAUUAUUGUUUGUUAUUAGCAACUGUUGUUGGACAACGUUAGUUUUAGGUGAAAUAAUAAAAUGAAUAAAAAGAACAUUCAGAGAAGGGUUUGGGGUCCAUUUACUUUCAAUUCAAGCGUGCUCAGCAAAUCAAUCUUGAUCCAAUUGAGAAAACUAAUUUUUUUAUUUUUCCCUCAGUAGUAGUUCUUACACCCAGUCACUAAGAACACAAUCAGACGUGAAUGCCUUACCAUCAGUCCAUGAACUGCAGUUUCUUCCCCCAUUUUCACAGCUCGAAUUGAAAGUUAAUCGACUCCCAAGCCCAAUUUGAGGAAGAAACAAAAAAAACGGAUCGAACGGCAGGAUAGUUGAUAUUUAGAUAAUAAAGUAAUGCUAGCUAUUUUCCUUAAUACAGUACUUAUAUAUCAGACACUUUAAAUAAUCCCAUCCCUCCUCUCUCUCCCUCCUUUUCCCUUUGUCCUCUGGUUCUGUUUAGAUGAAUGUGAAUGUACAAACCAACGGUGUCCAUUUUACAUUUUAAUGUACUUGAAUAACAUUUGUCUCUCUAUUUCCCUGUUGCCCUCUCACAUACCCCCCCCCCCCCCCCGGGUGUGCAGAUACUGGAGUGACUUAUUAGUGCCUUGCAUCCUUUCUGUUGCUUUUUGGGAGAGGUCUCACUGGGGGGGUUGGGUUAAAUUAAGCACAGUUGACAUUGUGUGUAGUUGUACUUUUG